AUGGCUGAAGAUUCUGCACCGCAAUUGCAACAUGUGAUCUCCUCUGGAACACCAGUUGCUAAGCAUGACGAUGCAGGCUCAACUGGUUCAGCUCAUUCUGUUAUUUCUAAUGAGUCUGUGCGUGCAGAAUACAAUCUAAAGAUGGCUCAACUCAAGUUGGAGCAAUUUGAUCAGGAAGAGAAACUGAAAUCUGAGCUGUUAGAAGCAGUGAGAAGAAAAGCUGCUGAAUUGCAAAGAUUUCGGCUUGAACAAGAUUGUAAGGAAGCUGCUCUUAUGGCUGAAAUGGCUGAUGUGGAAUCUAGUGAUGGUUGGAGGUCUGUUGACUUGGCCAAUACAGCUCUGGGAGAUGCUCAGAGGCCUGUGGCUGUUGGUUCCUCAAAUGUCAAAAGAAGAUUAUGUAAGAAUAGGUUUCCUGAAGAAUUCAAUUCUACAUCACCUGAAAUGUCAGUUCAGGAAAAAGUUCAUUUUCUGGGAAAUGUUUCUAGACCCUAUCAAAGGGUUAGUCCAGGCAAAAAUGUUGACAAUUCAAAGAGUAAGGCUGAAACGCAAUUCUCUGAACAUCUAUACAAAUUGACUCAAGCGAUGCAGCAAGGCUUUUCACUUCCUCGUGCUGAGCCAUUAUCAUUUGAUGGUGACCCUUUGAACUAUUUUUCAUUCAUGAAAUCUUUCGAAAAUUUGAUAGAAGGCCAGGCAUACGAUUUUCGCACUAAAUUUCAACAAUUAGAACGUGCAUGCAUUGGUGACGCUAAAAGGGUUAUUAAGCGUUUUACUUAUGAAGAAGAUAUCGAAACUGCAUAUUAUUCUGCUUUGAAUGGCCUAAAAGAGGAAUUUGGUCGCCACGAUCAAGUUAUUGAAGCUUAUCGUAAGAGUUUAACUGAGGGCCGUGUACUAAAGAUGAAUGAUCUGUCUGCAUUGCGGGAAUAUGCUUCUGAAUUGAAAACAUGCCUUGUAGUUUUAAAGGCAUGGAAAAAGCCAAAUGCAAUGGAUUUAAGUGAAUUUCUAACUAGAAUUUUUGCACGUUUGCCAGAAGAUCUUCAACGAAUGUAUUUUGCGGAGCUCUUAGCUUCUUCAAAAAGGUCAACGUUUGCUACUUUGGUAGACUUUGCUUGCAGAGUAGCUCGGAUUACAUCUGACUGUUGUGUAGCGUCUUACAUGAAAAAUGCUGCUCGGGUAUCUGAUAAAAUUGCUAAGAAUCGAACAAGGGAUGCAAUUUACACUGCAGUUUCGUCAUCCGUUGACGAUCAACUUGAAGCAUCCGAUGCCGUUCCCAGCUCUACUCUUCCAGAAUGCUUGUUUUGUAAAGACUAUCACUCCAUAUAUAAAUGUGAAAAAUUCAUGGUGGAGCCUGUUGAGUCUCGUCGAAAUUUUGCUCGCGUUCAACGUUUAUGCUAUAACUGUCUAAAGCCCAACCAUAUGGUUGGUAGUUGCCCUUCGCAAAGUAGAUGCAGGGCUGAAGGAUGUGGUGCUCGUCAUCAUACGUUGCUCCAUAUUGGUCAUGUGAACAGAAAUAAUCAGUCAGUCCCUGCGACAGUACAUGGGGCCGGUAAUAGCAUUUUUUCAUCUCUUUCAGUCAAUAAAAAUGUUUGCUAUGUUAGACUUCAAGUUGCACCUGUUAGGGUAUUUCUCAAUGACAUGAAAAAAUCAAUUGAAGUGUAUGCCUUUCUCGAUCAUGGAGCUACUCGCUCAUUUUGUUCCAAGUCUUUAUUAGAUAGAAUGAAUAUUUCUGGUUCUUCUGAAUCUUGUUUGAUUAAUGGUAUAAAUGACUCAAGGCAACAUAUUGGCCACAGGGUAAACCUCAAAGUACAGGGAAUUGGGGAAUCAACGGUUGUGAGAUUAGAUAAUGUUUUGGCUUUAGACGCUCUUCCCGAUUUAAGAGGUUCUUUACCAAGCAAUGAUAUUACUGCAAAAUAUCCACAUUUGUCUAAUUUGAAGUUUUGUAACUUGAAUGCUGAUAACAUUGAUCUUUUGAUCGGUGCUGAUGUUCUUUCCAGAUAUCCACCAACAGAAUAUUUGCAAGGCGAUGACAAUGCUCCUACAGCAUGUCAUACAAUUUUUGGUUGGACACUGUUUGGUCCGGAUAUUCUGCAUGGAAACUCAGAAACCGAAGAAGUGUGCGAUUCAUUUUCUAAUGCUAAUUGUGUUUUUCAUAUUUCCAAUCCUAUUGUCAAUGAUUGUGAUAGUUUCAGUGCUCCAAUGUGUAAAGUUUGUGCCCAUGAAUUUGCUGAUAUUAAUUGUGACCCAUGUUUAACUGGUUUGUCUGUCAAUGACAAGAGAGCUCUUGAAAUUAUGGAAAAAACGACCACCACUGUUGAUGGUCGUUUGCAAAUAGGACUCCCGUGGAAGAGUGACAACGUCAAACUUCCCAACAAUAAAAGAAUGGCAGAGACCAGAUUAAGGUCUCUGAAACGUCGUUUUGAAACUGAUAAUGAUUUUUUCUGUAUGUAUAGGUCUAAAAUGAAUGAGUAUAUUGAAAAUGGUUAUGCCGAAUUAUGCCCUGAUGCUUUUUCACAUACUGAUAGAACUUUUUAUAUUUGCCAUCAUGCUGUGAUCACAUCGGGAAAAUUUAGAAUAGUUUUUGAUGGUAGCAGUGUCUUCCAAGGCACUUCUCUGAACCAGAACCUUCUUUCGGGUCCCGACUUGAAUAAUGGCCUAUUGGGUGUUUUGUUGCGUUUCCGUCAAGAACCCAUUGCGUUCACUGGUGACAUCAAGCAUAUGUUCCACCGAGUUAAAGUGAGCCCUAUUGACCGUGAUUCCAUGCGUUUUUUGUGGUUUGAGGAUGGUGACAUGACAAAACCUGUCCUUGAGUAUAGAAUGUCGUCUCAUUUUUUUGGUUGUGUGUCUAGUCCUUGUGUUGCUACAUUUGCUGUGAGAAAGGUUGCUGAUGAUAAUUUGAGUGGUGCUGAUUUUGACACUGUUCAAACACUUGAGAGAAAUAUGUAUGUUGAUGAUGUUUUGAAAAGUUGCGAGUCGUCUGAGAAAGCUAUUAGUUUGAUUAAUCAAUUGUGUGAAUUGACUGAAACAAAGGGGUUUCAUAUGACAAAAUUUGCUAGUAAUUCAAGUGAAGUUAAUUCAUCAAUUCCUAAUUCGGAACUUGCUCCCUCACUGAAAUGUUUGGAUUUGAAUGGGUCUGGUGUUCACCACGCCCUUGGUGUGAAAUGGAAUAUGGGGCCGGAUGAACUGAAAGUGUGUGUGGAUAUUGAACCAAAGCAAGCAACUCGUAGGGGUAUAUUGAGUGCUGUUUCGUCUAUUUUUGAUCCACUUGGCCUAGUCUCACCUUUUGUUUUGCCUGCUAAGCGUAUAUUGCAAGAUUUGUCUAGUGAGGAUUUUUCAUGGGAUGAUACUAUUUGUCAUAGUCAUAAGGUUCGAUGGGAGAAUUGGGUUUCACAGUUGCCAAUCUUGAAUGAUGUUUCAGUCCCUAGAUGUUACAAGCCACCUGGUUUUACGCCAAUUGAUAUACAAUUGCAUUGUUUUUGUGAUGCCUCUCAAGAUGGUUAUGGUGCGGUUGCGUAUUUACGUUUCAUAGAUGCUAAUGGUUCUGUUCAUGUUUCAUUUGUGAAAAGUGUAUCAAGAAUUACACCUAAGCGACCUAUCACGGUUGUCCGCUUAGAAUUGAUGUCAGCUGUCGUUGCUGCUGAGUUGUCCCAGUCCAUCAAAAGAGAAUUGGACUAUGAGAUGUGUUCCUACUAUUUUUGGACCGAUAGUAUGUCUGUUUUGCAAAUGAUUAAUAAUCGCUCUGAAAGGUUUAAAAUUUUUGUCUCUAAUCGUAUUGCCCUAAUUCAUUCAUUGUCUAAAGUUGAAUCUUGGUUUCAUGUGAGCUCUGAAUUGAAUCCUGCGGAUGUUCUAUCUCGAGGAGUUAUGCCCAAACAUCUACCAAAAAUGUCUGUUUGGUUUGCCGGCCCAGAAUUUUUGAAAUUAGAUCGCUCUCAUUGGCCCAAACCUUGUUCUGUGAAAUGUGACGAUAAUUUUGCCUCUGAGGUUAAAAUUAAUUUUGUCUCUACAAGUUCUAAUGAAUUUGCCUCUGUUUUUGAUUUGCUCAAACGCUUCUCUUGUUUCGAAAAAUUGUGCCAAAGUGUUGGGUGGUUGCUCCGUUUUAAAGCAUACAUGAAAUGGAAGUUUCGCAGUGGUCCAAGACCGCCUGUGGGAAACUUGAGUGUUGAUGAGUUGGAAUUUGCUAUGCAUAAUGUGAUGAGUCUGGUUCAGUUGGAUUCCAUCUCGCCUAGUUUGUUGCAGUUGGGUUCCCGAGUGAAUGAUAGUUCUCCCCCUUCAAGUAGCAAUUUGAAACCAUCCACGAGUAAUUCUUCGAAGUUAUUGUUGAAGUUGAAUCCAUUUUUUGAUGAAAAUUGUCAUGUGUGGCGAGUUGGUGGACGACUGAAGCAUUCCAAUUUGCCUUACAGUCAGAGGUACCCAAUUAUUCUGCCUCAAAGUCAUCAUGUCACUGAGUUGAUUGUACAUAUGUAUCAUUGCAGGGAGGGUCAUUGUGGUACUUUGCAUACAUUAUCUGCUCUAAGAGGAAAGUUUUGGAUCCUCAGAGGUCAGUCUGAGGUUCGGCGAAUAUUGGCCAAAUGUAUGGUUUGCAAGUUACGUUCGGCAAAGUUUAGUAGUCAAUGGAUGGCACCUCUCCCUAAAUUUAGGAUUGAACCUGGUCGAACUCCUUUUGAUAAAUGUUCAGUAGAUUUGUUUGGCCCACUCAAGGUUAAAUGCGGUAGGCGUGAGUUGAAACGUUAUGGUUGUAUUUUUACAUGUUUAGCCACGCGAGCUUGUCAUAUUGAGUGUGUUGAGUCGAUGGAUACACCAUCCUUUUUGAAUGCUUUGUUUCGUUUUUCUGAUCGUAGGAAUACUCCGUCACUUAUUUAUUGUGACAAUGGUUCAAAUUUAAUUGGUGCAAAGAAUGUGUUGGCUCAAGGCAUGAACAAUUUGGAUUCUACCCGUAUUGAAGGUGAAUUGGCACGGAAGGGAAUUAAAUGGGAACAUAGUCCUCCUUCCGCCCCUUGGCAAAAUGGUGUUACGGAAAAGAUGGUUCAUUUAACUAAACGUAUUUUGUAUGCUCUUGUAGAAAGACGAACAUUGACAGAUUUUUCCCUUAUUUCAUUUCUCACAGGCGUUGAGAGAAUUUUGAAUGAUAGGCCAAUCACGCCACUGAGCGAUGAUUGUAGAGAUUUUGCGGCCCUGUCGCCCAGUGCGAUUUUGCAUGGUUGUCUUGACACCUCCCUCCCUGCCGAUCGAUUUUUGAAAACUGACGAGUAUAGGGAUUGUUGGCGCAGUGUUCAACGUCUAUUGGAUAUGUUUUGGUCAAGAUGGACCAAGGAGUAUUUGCCCCUCUUGCAGUCUCGCAAGAAGUGGACCUUGUCUGGUCGUAAUCUGAAAGUUGGUGAUCUGGUUCUUGUUCAUAAUGAGAAUUUACCGCGUGGUUCUUGGCCUAAGGCCAUUGUUGAGAAAGUUUUUCCGGAUGGUGAUGGCAUGGUGCGUAGGGUCGAAAUUAGAACUGCUACAUCUAGUGCUAUGCGGGAUGUAAGACGGCUGUGCUUACUUGAGGGUAGUGAAUGA